UUAGCUAAAUUUAAUUAUAUUUUACAAAGGAAUAUGUUUCACAAACAUGUAAAGUUCUGCAUAAUACUAUGAAUUUGUCGCUGUAUCACGAUUGCUUCACUUUGUUCCAGAUUUAUCAUUUUUGAAUUUGUGUCAAAGUUACUAUUAUCGAUUUUUGAAUUUUUCUUGUAAAUAUGAUGUGGAAAAUAAGUUUAAUUCUCACAUUUUUGCCCUUUGCUGUACAGUGCCUUGAAUGUUAUGUUUGUGACAAUCAAGACAGUAAUUAUGAUAAAUGCAUCAAGACAAUCAAGACAUGUGGUAUUGCUGAAGACCGUUGCCUUUCAGAAAUAAGAUGGGGAAGUACACCCUAUUGGGAUUCAACUGGUAAAAAGCAGUUUUAUAUAUCGAAAAAAUGUGCAACUGAUCAUGAAUGUAAAGAUUCAAUAACUAAAGUUAGUAAGCGCUGUGAUAGAAUUUGGUACAACGAUUGGGAAUGUUUUGAAUGCUGUCAUGGAGAUCGUUGCAACUACUAUGUUACACUAUCUGGUGUAAGCAUCAAGCCUUAUGGAUUCUUCUAUGUACUUAUAUCUGCAGUUUGGUUGUUGUUAUUACGAAAAGUAUUUUGAAAUGGUAUAAAGUACAACGUUACCUGCUGUAAAUGUUUAGAUUUUUAUGUUUUUAGUAAAUUUUAUAUGAACUAUCCUGUAUGUAGAUGCAUACAGAGGUAUAAUGUAACUUACAAAUCAUUUGAUUGAAGCAAUCAAGACUAUUUUUUCAUUGAAACAUCAAAUUCACUUUGUAUCAGAUUUGAUUUUCAUCACUAUAUUUGUAUAGAAAAAAAGCUAUUACUUGAUGGUAAUAAGUAAGUGCCUUUGCUCAAAUCAUUCUCUAAACACUCAGGAACAGUGUUUUCAAAGUAUGACUAACUUGUCCAGUUCAAUAUCAAAAUUUAGCUGACCAAAGAUUUUCUUGAUGAAAAAGUAUUACAAUUAAAACAUAAUACAAAAAUUUCAUUUUGAGAUGUUUACAAAUUAUUUGUAUACAAGUUUCAAUUACGAAGUUUGAAUAUGACUGAGUUCCACAUCAUUUUUCUCUGUUUCUUAGAGUGUUGCCAGAAAAUAAUGGAAUGUAAAAAUUACCACACACUGCAAGGUUAAGCUGCAUUCCCAUUUAGAUAUUUCCUGAUAAUUCAUGCAUUAUUUUUUAAAUGCCUUACCACUUGCCUUUUAUAAUAGUUGGUGAGUCACUGCCUGACAGGUACAGGGCAUCCUUGGGGUAAUGUAAAUGUGCUCGUAUAUAGUUCAUUUUUGUAUUGAAUCUUCCAACUAAGUAAUUCAUGUAAAGUGGAAAUUUUUCCACUCCAUUUAGAUUAAAUAAUAUAACUGCUAAAACAGUAAUAUUUUGCAUCAUUUAUGGAAAUUGAAUGUAAAAAAUGAUGCUGUAAAUCAGGCAUUUCUGUGUUGAACCUCUAACGUUAUGUCGUUCAAAAAUGCUAAAACUCCAGCUGAAUACAAUAGUUUGACUUGCUUUGAAAACUUAUACUUAAUGAUUAAAAAGAAAGAAGCAAUAAUAAUGUGAUUAGUCAAUUGUUAAUAUUGCCUGGAUACAGCUUAUAAAGCUUAACAUACCCUAUCCUCUUUAAAUAAACACAUUAGCAGUAAAAGUUGAUUUGUUUUCAUUAAAGAAAUUCUUUUAAUAGAAAAUCAUUUCAUGAUUCAAGUGUUAUGCAAAACGGCACAUAAAGACAAAUUGUUGGUUUUAGUAAUCAGCAUUUCUUUCAACUCUUUAUAUGAAUUUAGUCACACAUCUAUAUGUAUGAUAUGUAUGUAUAAAAAGUAAUACGGUACAUGCCUACAUGCAUGCUAGUCUUUUGUUUUAGUGUUUUUCUAUUAUUUACUAAAUAUAUUGCAUACAACUAGCAGAACCCCCUAGUACCAUUCAUUUUGUCGCCUAUGUACUUGUGUGUACUUAAUUUACGCUCAUUUUCAUGGAUUUGAUACAAUGCGUCUGCCAUGUCAUAACAAUUAUAUUGACUUUUCCUUACAAAUGUUUAGAAAAUAAUUCUUGCAUCAGUAUUACUAUAUGCAUUUAAUAAUAGAACAUACAUUGCAUUUACACAUAUCAAAUUAUUUAAUGAAAACUUGAGUUGAAAUGAAAAUGGAGCCAUGUUUGAUCAUCACACUUUUUUGUUUGUUAUACUCGACACUUUGUCCUUCGACUUUCACGGAUUCACCCUAUUGCAUUUUUUUCUAAAAUAUCAGUAUGACAUUUGUAAUGUCUAAUGUAUCUUUUUUCUUUUAUUUUGUUUAAUAUACUGAGCCAUAUGAGUGUAUUAGUGAUUAAAAUGUUAUUUCAUGUCUAAAGUAUUCUAAUAAUUUUUUUUUUAAAAACAUAAUUGAAAGUUCAUAACUAGGUUUUCUAAGCUGUAACUUAAAAAAUAUUCAGUUGAUACACGAAAAAAUCCUACUUCAGGAAAAUUUGCCGUAGAGUCUGAAACUGCUUUACUUUUAUUUAUUUGGUUAUAAUUUUUGAAAUCAUUUUUAUGUAUUAUUUAUUUAUGGUACAUUUGCUUUGGAAAAACUACUGUUACAAAGAACUUUUGACAUAGACUUUGUACAAAAAAAUAUUUUUAAUUAAUUAUUUUAAAAGUACAUUUGAGUUAUUUUGAAGCCUUAGCCCAAUGAGUGAGGGACAAAUAUAAAUAACUAAUACUAAAAAAACAAUGCUUGUGUACUGAAAAGUAGACUUGUUGUCCAUUUGAACUUAUUGUUAAUUAUUGACAUCUAUUAUACUCUUGUUGCUUUUAAAAUUUUAUCAAAAAUGUAUCACACAAUAAUGCAACUUGAGGAAAUCGUGUUUUAAGAUAACUAUUGCUUUAAUUUAUAAAUUUGUUAAUAGUUCAUUGAAGUAGUUAGUAGAAUCAUUAUGAACCAAAUUAUUUUUGUGAUAAAUAAAUGUUAAGUGUGCAGUUCUAAAACAUUCUUCAUCUUUUCAUUUGUUGCUCACACUUAAAUUUGUUUUUAAACUAAUCGUUAAAAUUCAAUGUUUCAUUUGCCUUUUCCGCAUCUUUUUUAUUGUUUAGAAUUUAAUAUUAUCAUUUGUAAUACAAAGGCAUUUAUUACUUUCUACAAAAUUCACAUUUCAGUUCUUGUAAGAACCUGCUGCUAAAAGCAAUGAAGUCACUUUUUUCAUAAUUCCGUCCUUUUAUAUUAUUUAUUUUUAUGUAAUUAAUUUUGUAAAAUUUGGAGGUAGUUUUUAUAUUCUUAGACCUAUAUAUUUUCUCUUACUAUUGCGAUUUUUUUAAACUAAAGAUUUCCUGUUGAUUAUUAGUAUUCUGUUUUUGUUGAGAGUAUCAGAAACUGAAAAUAUAUUUUGUUGAAAUUUUAAACCUUUUAACCUUAUUUGUUCUUAAUUAAAACUUAGUUUGUUUUUUUUACUUUGUUUGGUUCUUCUAAUUGUUUGCAUGAAAGUUCCGUACUGCUUGCUCAUUAACAACUCGAAGAACAAUUUUCUCAUUUAAAAUGCUUUUUUUCACCUUUUCUAAAGUUAGGCCGUUUUUUUAUGGUUUGCUUGGAAGUUAGAUUCUCUGUUUUGUUUAAAAUGUGUUGUAAUUAUAACUUUUCGUUAUGGACCUCAGGGCCACCAAGAGAUAAGGCAGGCCCCUUGUCACUGUGGUUGCUGGGACACUUCUUCCCAUAAAACUUAAUAAAAUUUAUAGUACUUAGACUCCAAGCUGGGCCCCCUUCAAGGUCCUGGCUCCUAGUUUCUGACUAGGUUAACCGUUCAUCUUAGGUAAUUCAAAAGAACUUUUUCAGCUAAAGUCCAGGACACUCCCUAUUUUUUUUUUGGACUUACUAAUAGUAUUAUACUGUAAAAGUUUUAACUUCUUACGCAAAUUUUAAGAAAGUGCUCAAUGACCCCUCAAUUUAACAUUAACCGUAUUAUAGAAAAUGUCAUAAAUUUAGAAAAACUUAAUUUUCCCAGCUGUUGUUUUUUUUUUAAAUAAUUGUUUUGUACCAAUGUAUAUGCAUAUUUACUAGUAUAUAUUAAAUAUGUAGCAUUGUUUUAUUCAUUUCUAUGUAUUUUUUAAACUCCCCUUCCCAUACUAAUGAAGUUUGGGGGAGGGGGUUGAGCACCCUCUUUCAGUUGAAAUAAGAAGUUAAAAUUCUUCCAGUACAUUACUAUCUACAAGUCUAAAAAUAUCGAAGGGUUCCUGUUAUCUAGGAGAAACUUUUUUUUUACAUGUAUUUUUGAACCACCCUACUGUCUUCUUGUCGGCCCUGAUGGAUCUACAAAUUAAUGAUUCUUUUUGAAUUUCUAAUUUAUACUGAAUUCAAAAUUAGAUUUUUAAGAAAAUGUAAACUAUAACCAUAUUUUGUGAAAAUUUAUUUGUUUCAGAAUCAAAAAAGCAAGCUGCCUUUGAAUUUGUUUCAAAUGAUUUGUGCACCUAUUUUAUAAUGCAAAAAAAAAAAAAAAAAAAGAAAGAAAAUGAAGUACUUUUAACAAGUUUAAUUCUGUUUUAAAGUAUGUAAAUUCCUGUUUGUCUAAUUUUCACAAUUUCACAAAUGACAUCUUUUAAAACUUUUAACUAACGUUCUUGCAAAUAAUUGAAAUAAUAAUUGGUUUUUAAAUAGUAUUCAUUUUUAUGACAUCAGUGAUUUGCUGAAAUGUUUUAAAGCCAAUUAAAGGGAAAAAAACUAAUAAGUUAUCGAAUAGUUUGUAUGCAACCAUUGUUAUACACUAAAAAAGCGUACAUACAGUAAAGUCUUUCUGUUGCAAAGUCUUUCGGUUCCAGUUAAAUUUAUUACUUGAGAAAGUUUCACAUACACAGUGCCUUAUGCAAUAAGUACACAUUAAAAUAUUUUGGGUAUUGAUAUUAAAUAAAUUUUAAUAUGCAGAAAACCCUAGUUCUCAAAAAUAUCAACUUUUUAUCCAAAAGCAUUAACUGCAACUUUUGAAAGAAAAGUACUACAAACUAUUUCACUCCUAUUGUAAUUAUUUCUUUUCAUAAGUUAGAAAGCCAUAUCAGAAAGGGAAGACAUCUCAUACAUUGAGAUAAUGCUAUGUUUAAAAACGUUUUAUUUUAUACACAUCAAAUUAUAUUGGUCCUGUGAUACUAAUUGUUCUUACAAUUCCUCACAUUUUGAUAGCCAGAUAAAGUAGAACUGGAUACAGUUUUUUUUUUCUAAACUUUCAAUCAUUUCCAGUGAUUCUAGGAUUUUAGUCAGUUGUGAUUUUGGCUGUUCAAAGUGUUUGAAUUUUUCAAUUGCUAACUUCAUUUUUAGACUUUAAAAAGAUUGGAAUCUUUUCAUCUAUUGUGGGAUUAGAAGCAAUGAAAUGGAAAAGAGUUGCAUCAAUUAAUAUUCUUUCACUUUCCUGUACUCUUUUUCUUCUUUUUCAAAGUCUAAAAAGUUCUUCUGAAAAAAUCAUGUGUCUGAUCACAGAAUCUUAAAUUUGAAGCAAUUGAAAUAGUCAAUUUAAAAACAUCUCCAGAAAUGUUCAUCAUCAAGAUGAGGGGCGUAACCCCCCCCCCCCCCCGUGAAAUAUCGCAAAGGAG